AUGGAGGAUUUUUGUAACUUCAUAGAUGCUGGGGGUCUGAUGGAGAUUUCUUUCAGGGGAAAUAAGUUCUCAUGGUGCAAUGGCCAGAGCGAGAUGGUGCGCAGUUGGGCUAGAUUGGACAGAGCACUCUGUAACUUGUGCUGUCUAGAGCUAUUUCCCUCGGUUUCUCUUAAGUGCUUGGAUCGUCAGUCAUCUGAUCAUGCUCCAAUGCUCCUUGGCUUGGUGGAUCCUGUUUUGCAUUGGAACAGUGAUGUUUUUGGAUGGACGGGGGCACAUAUUAAACGUUUGGAGGCACGUGUUGAGGAAGGGGAAGUAAGUCUUCAGGAAGGGUUUUCUGAGGAUGUUGAAAAUGAUGUUUUGGCAUCUAGACUUGAGCUCUCUAUUUGGCAAAAAGGGGAGGAACUUCGCAUUGCACAGCAAGUUAAAAAUGUUUGGAUUGAUCAUGGUGAGAUUAAUUCUUCAUUUUUCAAAGCAAUGCAAGUUAGGAGGGCGAGAAUGGUAACAAAAAUGCAGUUGAGUGAUGGACGUGUUUUAUCUUCUCCGGAAGAAAUACAUGAUGCAGCAGUGGUACAUUUUUAG